CUAACACAAAAAUCUCUCUGUCUUUUUCUCCUUCUCUUUCUUUGUCUGUGAAAUCGUGAACACAGAAUGGGGGGCGUGAAGAGAAAGAUUUCUAUAGAGCUGAUAGAGAAGAAAGAUUCAAGAGCUGUUGCUUUCUCAAAACGCAGUAGGGGUCUAUAUAGCAAAGCCUCUGAUCUUUGUCUUCUCUCCGAUGCACAAAUUGCGAUCAUAGCCACUCCGGUCUCUUCCAAAUCAAACGUUUCUUUCUACACCUUUGGCCAUUCCUCUGUUGAUAACGUUGUAGCCGCUUUCCUCACGAAUCAGCGUCCUCGGGAAGGUCUAGGGUUAGACUAUUGGUGGGAAGAUGAGAGGCUUUCAAAAUCAGAGGACCUGGAGGAACUGAGAGACGCAAUGGACUCGAUGUCGAAGAUGUUGAAAGAUCUGAAGGAUUUGCAGAAUCAACGAGAUUGUGAGGAGGACGUGAAGAAGAAGGGUGUUUUACACGGAACUCAUCAAAAGCAAACCUUUAAUCCUGAAUCAUGUUCUGUGAAUUUCGAUGGGUUUAACAAGAACACUGAAGAAUUUGAUCUUGAUGAAAUAUUUGAUUAUGUGUCAACAGCUGAAGCUCUAUCGAUGAACUUGGACAUGGACGAUGUCUCUGUGGUGACCACGAAUCAAAACCCCGUCUCUGCUUCUGAAACUGUUGAAGAUAGAGAAUUGGUUGUUCACAAAAAUAUGGAUGAGGACAAUAUCCACGUGUCUGAUAUGGACGACAAGGAUACGAUGCUAAUGAUUUCUGACAAGAACAAUGUUUUACCUGAAAACUUGGAUGAAUUCGAUCAAGAGCUAGAUCUUGAUCAGCUACUUGAUUUUGAGACAAACUAUGAAAGCCUUUUGAAGAGUUGUGAGAUGGAGGAUUAUGCCUCGAUGGUGACUACAAAGCAAAAUCUGUGCUCAAAUCCUGAAGCUGUUGAAGAUGGAGGAUUAAUGAUUCAAAAAGAUUUACCGGAGGAUAAUCUCUGCUUUUCUGAUUAUUUCAGUGACUUACAUUGCUGAUAUUUGAAACUCCCUCCAAGAUAACAGAUGUUUCAAGGAUUGCUUCGGUUUAUUUUCGUUAGAGAUACUUUACUCAAGGAAGGUUCCGGUUUGACUUCAAUCAAUUUUCCAUGCUUCAUUGGAUUUCUG